GGAUUUACUCACUUAUCUCGAAUCUGAUAGUGUAGACGGCAGAGUUAAGCAUAAAACGCUAUUCGUUUUACAAAGAGUCUUUAGUAGUUUGCUAGUAUCAGAUAGGAUACUCGGUUUGAAAUCAACCUCCGACAAUGAAGCUAUCACUAUCACUAAAAAGUGGUUACUCGAUAAAUACACCAAAUUCUUUAUCAUUUUAGGUCAAUUACUCUAUUCCAAUGAGCACAGUUUAAGAAUUACUUCCUUACAUAUAUCAAUGUCACUCAUACGCACUGAAUCAUCUUACAUUUCAAACAAAACUAAACCAGCUACACCUCAAUUCGCUAUUGAAUCGUUUAGAAGAUUAGUAAGAUCCUUGUUGGUAUCUGAAAAGCCAAUCAUCGAUGAUGUACGCAAAGAGUGGAUAGACAAAUGGCCUGGAAAGUGUGACGAUAUUCGCUACUUCUUCUUUAAAGAAACUAUUUCAUUACUUAGAGAGUUCGAUAUCAAAAAUGAAAGUCGUCCAAAGUACCUCACAGCUAAUGUCUUGAGUAUAUUAGAAAACAUCCACACUAUGCCAACUGAUCAAUCAGAAAUUGACGAGUUCUGGGUACCUGAAAUAGCCAGACAGGAGAAAGAGCAAGUCAAACAAUCCAACCUCGAACAAACGAAGCUCGAUAGUCAGGAUUGGACUGCAUACUACGACCAGAUGGUUACAGAAGAAGACGAAGAGAAGGCCACAGACAAGAACGCAAAGAAGAGUAAAGUGCGUGACACUAUCAAUUUGAGUGCUCACAGGGCGAUGUAUUCCGGUGUCUGGCUUACACUCUUGAAAUGCCCAACGGGUUUGGAUGUCAGCGAGAACAGAAGAGCUUUAGUCGUUCUCCAUCAACUUGUCAUACCUUUCCUUAAGCCAUCAGAAAGGGCUAGUUUGGCAGAUUGGCUUAGCGAUUGCUGUGACAUUGGUGGUGUAAAUGCCCUCCUAGCUUUGAAUUCCUUGUGGAGAUUGAUGAGGGAUCACAAUCUCGACUAUCCAGAUUUCUAUAGACGACUUUACGCACUUUGCGAUCGCAACGUCUUACAUGUGCUUUACAGAGCGAGAUUCUUUAGAAUGUUAGAUCUCUUCUUAAGCUCUACGCAUCUUCCUGCACUUUUAGUUGCGGCUUUCAUCAAGAGACUCAGCAGGUUGUCCAUUUCUGCGAGCCCAGCCGCAAUCGUUAUGUUGAUUCCAUUUACUUACAAUCUCCUUAAGAGACAUCCAGGAUGUAUGCAUCUCAUACACUCCGAGAGAAUGGCUCAAGGAGAAGAAGCGGAUAUGUACAAAGUAGAAGAAACCGAUCCAAUGCUUUCAAAUGCUUUAGAUAGCUCCCUCUGGGAGAUGUCUACCCAUCAAUCACAUUAUCAUAGCAGUGUUAAUAGAAUGUCACAAAUUUUCUCACAAGUUUUCUCAAAGCCUAAUUUCGCAAUGGAAGAAUUCCUUGAUCAUGCUUAUAUUACCAUGUUUGACAGUGAAAUUCGUCGUAGAAUAAAAAACAACCCUGCCUUAUAUGAUGGUAAAACUAUUGGAAUUUUCGGUGGACACAAGCGUAAACUUGAUAGCCUGGAAACCGAUGAAGAGAAGGAUGCAGUCAGUGGUACACAAGGUGAUUUAGUCGCUGAAUUGUUCGAAUUUUAAUCAUUAUUUAUAUAAUUAUGCAUUUUUACUAUUUAUACGCUU